CGCGCGUCUUUUUCCGCCAUGUUGUUUUUGUUUAGUGUUAGUGUGUCAGCAAUUGUUUUGAAUUUUUAGUGUAUAUUUUUGUUCGGUGAGUUAGAUUAUUUGAAGUUUAUUAUUAAUGGUGGAAGAAACAAAAAUGGAAACUAAUCCUAGUGAUGAUGAGAUGGAUUUUAUCAAACGUCCAGCUAUAAUGGUUCAUAGCCCUGAAAGUUUAUCAGACGAGGACUCAAGACCAGUUACACCACCAAUGGAUCAGUCAUUAAAAUUGAACAAAUCGCUUGGAUUAAUAAUGUCACCACAAAGUCCACCUUACAGGAAAAUAAGAUCAUUGAAACUGGUAGAAACACCUAUCCCGUUUUUAAAGUCAAGGCUGGAUCAAGUACUAACUUCUACACCUAAUAUGUCACCAUGCGCUAAUGAAUCAUUUAGAAGAGGCCUUAGAACAUCUUCACUUAGGCUACAGAGAUCAAGGUUGUUACAUUUCAAUCAAAGUGAUGUUAAGGACAAGCAGCUUUCACCUUCAAUAUAUGUCAACCCGUUUACUCCUAAUUGUAGUCGAAGCAGCUGUGAUUUUAAAUCCAAAAACCGCUCCAAAAGGGGUCCACAAAAGCAUAUUACAUUUGAUUCUGAUGAAAGUAUGGAGCAUUAUAGUCCUUUGGAUGAUAGUGAUUCUCCAAUUGAAAUUAAAAAACCUAGGCUCUCUGAUUUCAACAUACCGAGAUACCAAGAAGAAUUUAUAGAAUUAGAAGUAAUUGGUACAGGAGUUCAUGGCCGAGUUGUUAAGUGCUUAAACCGCUUGAAUGGUGUGGAAUAUGCUGUGAAAAGAGGAUUGAAACCAAUUAUGAAUGAGCGGAUUGCUCACAAUGAAAUAUACGCUCAUGGAGUAUUACAACAUCCGAAUAUCGUUCGUAAUUAUUCUAGCUGGACUGAAAAUGAUUAUGUUUACAUGCAGAAUGAAUAUUGCAAUGGUGGUAGUCUCGAAGAGGCUAUUGAGAGAGGUCCAAUGGAUGAGAGAAAUCUCCGUAAAGUCCUAGAACAUGUUGCUCAGGGUCUUAGGUUUAUUCAUUCCAAGAACCUGGCACAUAUGGAUAUCAAACCUGGUAAUAUACUGAUAUCAAAAGGUCCAAGAGUUUUCUAUAGGUAUGAUGGAGAUGAGUAUGGAGACGAUGAUGAUUCUAAUGAAGAAACCACAUAUAAAAUAGCUGAUCUUGGACAUGUCACGAAGUUGGAUGAAGUAGUUGAUGUUGUGGAAGGAGAUUGUCGAUAUUUACCAAAAGAACUACUUAACGAUGACUAUAGUAAUCUUCCAAAAGUUGAUAUUUUUGCAUUAGGGUUAGCACUGUAUGAAGCUGCUGGAGGUGGACCUCUGCCGAAAAAUGGAGAGGAUUGGCAUAAGAUCAGAGAAGGCAAGAUAAUUACUUUCCCUCAUCUCAGCUCAGAAUUUAAUAAUUUGAUUAAGAGGAUGAUACAUGUCGAUCCUGAAUUAAGGCCAACUGCUAGCGAACUUUUGUUGGAAACUUCAUCUUCUCCUAUAUACAAAACAGUAAAGGAUAAACAUGAAUUGAAAGCAGCAAAACAGAAAAUUCAGCUUUUAGAGCAACGGUUACAGGAUGUUUACAAAUGUGUAAAAGUUAUUAGAUCUCAUUCUCAAGAAUCUAAGAGACAAGUACCAGCUACUCACAACAACAACAAAGGUGAGAGGCUUAUUGGAAAAAAAUCAAAGAGAUCACAGAGUGCCACUAAUUUUUAGUCUUUCAAAAUCUUUCUUUAUGUGACAAGAAAUGUACAAAAAUUUAUUGCUCUAUUUAAGAUUAUCUAUUAAUUGUAAUUCUUUUCAUUUAUUUUACUUUGUUCAUUGUAUAUAGUUGUAAAGUAAAUGUUUUUAUAAUUUGUAAGGCAAUCUUUAAAUAUGGAGAUAUAUUUUACAUAGUUAUUUUGAAGAGGUAUUUAUGGCCUACUAGUUAGUAUUAAUUAUAAAUUUAUAUAUUUCUGAGAAAAUGGAUUAUUAUUAUAAACUAUAUUUUCUUAAGUGAUAGUGAUCUUUACAAUUAGAGGCAAUAUAGCACUUAUAAUGCAUUAAACAUUUCAGAGUGCUUAAUGGAUUAUAACUGUUAUGUAAUGUCUAUUAAGGUUCGUGGUUUGUUUUGUUUGUAAAUGAACUGUAACAUAUGAAAAAAAAUAAUUAAAAAAUAGUGUAAGCUUGUUAAUCAAUUUCUGUUAUCUGCUUAUUAUUUUUAUAACAUUGUAUUGUAGUCAGAUUUUUGAAGUAUUCUGACAAGAGGAAUUAUUCCUUUAAAGGCCAUUAAUUUGUUAUUCUUUCUAAUUCAUUGGUAUUUACUUUGUAAUUUAUUGUAAUUAAACGUUAUUUACAUAGUCGUUUAGAAGUUAUGUCUUGUAAAAGUUCCUUUUUUUUCCUGAAGGCUGUAAAUUUUAACUGAAAUUGAUCUUUGUUUGUACCAUUUGUCAUUGUAUUAUAGAGCUACUGUAUAUUAGAGUAAUUUAGUUAUAUAAUUUGUAAAGUGACUUAUUACGUUAUUUAGUUUUGACUGUUUUAAUUAACAAAGAUUUAAAUUUGGCUUGUAGAAUAGUUUAUUACCAUCUAAAUCACCAGUGUUUUGUACUUAUAUACAUUAGUAUUUAUAAGUUUCUAGAAAUGUUUCAGAAUUUUUUUUAUUAAUAUUAUAAUUAUUAUUAAUGGUGCAAAAGGAAGAUUAUGUUGUAUUGGUUCUUGUUCUUUUCUUUUUGUUUUUCUAUAUUUUUCACAAUUUGAAAUUAUGGCCCUAUAUUGGCAUAUUUUAGGAACUGAACAAUAAAGUUUUAUUCAUACUAAUGCAGUUAUGGUUCAAAUAAGAAUUAAAAUUUAUUGUAACCUUGAUUACUUUUAAUAUUUGUAAUGUUAAAGUAAUUAAGCCUGUACCAAGUGUGCAUCAGAUAAUCCACAGUCAGUUCCUUCCUUGUUCCUUAAAUUUACAUGCUAAUUUGACUUUGUUGUGAUUAAUCUAGGUCUUCAUUGAGCCAUUCAAAGAAAGGCCCAAAUAAAACCAUUUUUUAUUACAAAAGUUAAACAUUUUUAUUAUUAU